UCCUGGGUGAAGUAUUUAAGGAGCAGAGACCUCAGCUGCUGGGCAAAUUCUCUCUGUUGGCCAGAGCCACCUUAAACGCCACCUUGGGGCCCUUUUUUUUCAUAGUGGCAAAUGGGGAAUCCCACGACUCCCGUUGAAAGGACAAGGUAGGGGCAGAAACCGCGGCGGGGUCCACUUAGAGGUGGCUUUUUGUUUUGGCUUUUUUCGUCUUCGCCCAGACGGAGCGAGACCCUCGAACAAAGAACAUCCUUUUUUGGGCCUAGGAAAUAUCCAUCUUAUUCUUUCUGUCUGCUCAUCACCUGCUGCUUCUGUUCUGCCAUUCGGAGAUGUUCCUAACUCUCAGCUUCUCCUUGCAAGUCUUGUCCCAAGCUAUGGCUCUAACAAGCGGUUCCCACUGGACGUACGAAGGGGCCCAUGGACAGGAGCACUGGCCAGAAACUUAUCCGGAGUGCGGAUUACAAGCUCAGUCCCCCAUUAAUAUCCAGACGGACUCCGUCCAAUAUGACCCAUCGCUGGUUCCGGUGGAGCCUGAGGGAUACUGGGACAUUGGAAGCAAUUUUUUCACCCUGACAAAUAACGGGCACACAGUGCAAAUGUCGCUUCCGCAAAGCAUGCGCCUGCAUGGCCUCCCCAGGAUGUACUCGGCGGUUCAGCUGCAUUUUCACUGGGGCCGCAAGGGCACUGCCGACGGGUCUGAGCACCAGGUGGAUGGUCGGGCCUUCCCAGCAGAGCUUCACGUUGUUCAUUUCAACUCGGACAAAUAUGCAAACGUGAGCGAGGCGAAACACCAGCCGGAUGGGCUGGCAGUGCUGGGCGUUUUUCUAGAGGCCGGCAACGAGGAGAACCCUGCCUACAAUCACAUCUUGGAGCAGCUGGACGACAUCAAGUACAAAGAGCAGGAAAAACCCGUGUCGGCCUUCAACGUGCGCGACCUGCUUCCGGCACACCUGGGCCAGUACUUCCGCUACAACGGCUCACUGACCACCCCGCCCUGCUACCAGAGCGUGCUGUGGACCGUCUUCCAACAGCCGGCCCGCCUCUCCGACGCCCAGCUGCAGAAGCUGCAGAGAUCCAUUUAUUCUACGGCAGAAGAGGACACCCCCCCAGUGCUUCUAGCGGAUAACUUCCGGUCUCUGCAACUGCUGAACCAGCGAGUGGUGUUUUCGUCCUUCCCAACCGGGCCGUCAGGAUAUUCUGCAGCUGAGAUCACCGCCAUCAUUUUUGGUGUGCUCUUGAGUUGCCUGGGCAUCUUUCUCGCCGGAUGGAUUGUGGCGAAAAGAAUACGGUGAGACGCAGGCGGUCACGGGAGGCGAGCCGUUCCCUUCUACCCGCAGGAGGGAGAAAAGGAUGCAGGAACAGAAAGGCGUGGUCUUCACGUCUUCCUCCCGGCGAGCUGUUGCAGAUUAAGACUUCUUCUCGACACGCAAGACGCCUGUCCGGACCUUUCCCCACUAGCUGCCAGGCUGCAGUGCCAGAAUUACAUAGACUUGGUUUUUUUGAGGGAGGGGGGCAAGGUGCUUGGAGGUGAAAAGGCAGUGGGAACUUCCCACACGAGUGGGAAAAUUCGAGAUGGCACGGGAAAACCCACCCACCCACCCCUGUAGCAUAGAAAAGAGCUGGUUGGGUCUCCAAAUUGAAAACCUCAAUGAGAACUAGAAGCUUGCCGGAAGGAAGCCCUGUUUGAUUUCAGCUGCAGACGUGACGGUGUCCGGCGUCCAUUGCAAAUGUAAUAUUUAAGAAGCAGCUAGGGUUAAGCAUGCUGAAAUCUUUCCUCAACCUGCCUCCCACUUCUCCCUUCAUUCCCAGGGCCAGGUUGGAGAAGAUUGUCCCAUAUUGUAGCCACAAGGAGGUCCCCCCCCCCGCCCCCUGUCCAAGGAUCCUACAAUGAGGUCAAACUUCGUAAAUGGACAGGUACUGGCGUGCACCGUUCCCACUUCCUUUACACACAGGAGUUAUAUUUUCCCCUCUUCCCUUUUUAAGACAUGCACGGGGGCACCUCGAUUUAAAAAUCCCGGUCGGAACCUCCUUGGAGAUUAGGAACGCCGGGAGGAGCCGUUUUCGCCCCGCCACGUAAGAAAUAAA